AUGACAAGCCACCUGUUAGUUCUCCUGGUCUCUCUAAUUGCUGUUAUCGUACCCCUGAGAUAUGGCUGCACGGACAUUAUCAGGGGAUAUGUUGUGUGUCCUCAUUCCUGGCCUUUUAUGGCUGCUGUCCAGGCAGACCAUUUAACUGUGUGUGGAGGAGCUCCUGUGAAAAAGCAAUGGGUUUUGACAGCAGCACAUUAUAAGUAACAGGAACUGGACAUAUAACUAGUUCUUGGAGACCAUCAAGCAUCCAUAGCUGUAAAAGAACAGCAGAUAUUUAAGGUUAUGUGCUACUUUCCUAAUCCUCAUUUUGACUGGUCUUCCAAGGAAAAUGAUAUAAUGCUCCUCAAGCUGAAUGGUAUGGCAAAGCUGAAUAAAUACGUGCAACUUUUGCCUCUGCCUGUCUUUUGUGAAGAUAUCAAACCUGGCACAACAUGCAGGGUGGCUGGCUGGGGAGUCAGAGCUUCAGGAAAGCCAUCAAAACACCUGUGGCAAACAGCCCUUAAAAUUGUUGAUAGGAAAAGCUGUGACAGCAAAUAUGGAAAUGACACAAAAAUAACAAGCAACAUGUUGUGUGCUAAAGGGACACUUGGAUUUUUGAGAAGAGAUGCUUGCAAGGAAAGAAACAAAGUUACAAAGAGAAGGGGGUGUGCUUUUAACAAUGGUUCUCUUUUCACUGGGAACAAAGUGGUGCUAGACACUUAA